AUGACGAGAUAUAGCACAGCCUCAGGGUGUGGAGUCACGCGCUCCGCAACCACCAUUUCGCUAUCUUUCCCAACGAACACGAUCGAAUGCCUCCCGUCCGAUUGCCCUGGGUGUAAAUCAGCGGCAGAAAAACGUCACGAGACGCUCGAGAAGCGGGUGCUCCCGGUUCCUGGACUACAUCCAUACAAUAACUUCGAUGAAUUCAUGGUCGGCGAAGUUGAUAGAGCUGAGCGCCAAGGAAGUCUCGUUCCCCAUCGGAGGCUGCCAGACCAUGCCUACGACAUGGUACCCGAUGCUUUUGAUUUCUAUAGGCGGGGAGUGAAGCGCUACUACAACGCGCAGGCGUCGUCUGCCAAGGUGAAACAUUUCCGGGACGAUGCUUUCAAUAUGGCCGUCCGGGGACUGGUCGGCUGUACGUCUGUCAUCGUCGUCUCUCGGAAAGGUGCCUGGGUAUCCCACCUUUGGGAAGGCCCUACAUUUGAGCAGGAAGAACGGUUCACGGGAAUCGAUGUUCUCGUUGGGAUGUUCAACGCUAUAGAUUCUGAGUUUCCAGGCCUGAACAAUUUCGGUUUUCACGGCAGAAUGUUCGAUCCUAUUACUGAGACCGAUGGCAUGGAGAACAUAAUCGAGGUCAUCAUACAUACCCCACAGAGACAGUGGCACAUUCCCCUGGACCAGUGGCCUCCCGGUGCGGUUGGGGUAAAUUAUCCUCCAGACGAGAAUCCAAAGGAGGACCCAGGUGCUCGUGGGCCUUGGGCAGAGUUCGUCUGGGAUAACAACCCCGAUGGCCCACGAUAUUCCAACCAAAUUGAAGAGCUGCAGACCGCCCUGGAAUUCGCAUUUCCGAAUUCGGGAAUCAACCUGAAUGUGUACCCUCUGGUCGAUCUACCCGAAGAUUUGGCCACCUUCAUGGAGUACAGAGACAAUCUAUUAAGAACUACAGCGGUAGGAAAGGUCCUGGUCCAAUACGAUCCCUUCUUCAGCUGUAAUCCGCAGAUGGCUGGUGUACGAGUGUGGGUUGAUGGCAUGACGGAUCCAAUCUACACCGAUAAAUGGGUGCCUUUCAACCACCAGAAGCCACUGCUAGGGUCGAACACCAAUCUGCAGAGGGUGUUCCUGACCAAUCGAGACACUUGGAACAGCACUGAGGAAGUCUGUAUCAUGAGCAACAUCACUACGUCUUCGACUACGACAUCGAAGGCUGCUUCGACCACUCUCCCACCGAUCACAUCGUGCAGCCCACUGAAUGGCGCAAUGCCAGGAAACGCGAAGCAGACUCAAUGCGCUUGCAACGAUGACCUGAUCGCAAUGCUUAGCUCGAGCAAGAAGAGCGAAGGCGUCACUUCCUACUGGUGUGCUGCAGGAAAUGCCACUGUCUCGGUCAACAAUCCAACAGCCACUCUGCCGCCUAUCACAUCGUGCAGCCCGCUGGGUGGUGCCAUGCCAGGAAAUCCAGACAAGACCCAGUGUGCAUGCAACGAUGGUCUGAUCGCAAUGCUGAGAUCAAGCACGAAGAGUGAGGGCGCCACUUCCUACUGGUGCGGUGCGGGAGACAUCACUGUCUCGGUCGAUACUCCCACAGCAACUCUGCCGCCUGUCACAUCGUGCAGCCCGCUGGGUGGUGCCAUGCCAGGAAAUUCAGACAAGACCCAGUGCGCCUGCAACAAUGGUCUGAUAGCAAUGCUGAGCUCAAGCACGAAGAGUGACGGCGCCACUUCUUAUUGGUGCGGUGCGGGAACUGCUACUGUCUCGGUCGAUAAACCAACCCCGAACGCCGCUGGAGCCUCUGCGAUAGCUGGCAUCUUGGGCGGACUCAAGCCAACAUCGAAGCCCACGCCGUCCGGAGUCACGAUCACAGUCUUGUCGACCGUGCUAGCUUCGACUACAGUGACUCCAGAGAGGAAAACGUCAACAACAACCGUCCAGCCACCUCCGCCUGCCAAGCCUACGAGAAGAUUCAUCAGCGGUAAGUGCCACAUUCAUCUCACGAGAAGAAUCGCGAAGAAACAGUGGCCCCGAGGACCGGAUGUCGAACUCUCCUACCGAGUCUACGACGGUUCCGGGGAGCUGAAAGCCGCCAAUGAUGAUCACGGCCAGUUUGAUACUCAGUUCAUCAUCUGGGCAAAGGACACAGGGCUGGACGACAACAUCUUGUACCAGAUGGGGCAAAAGAAUGGGGCAUGUCUUUCAUUCAAUGAUGUCGUUGAUCACUGGGACGUUCUGUGCCAGUACCAAAACUUCUGGUACGGGUUCGAUAAUCAUUGGAGACUGCCAGAUCGUGAGCACAAGCCCAUCGACCCUUUGGAUAUCAUAGCUGAUCCUCUGGGUGAUACUGUGGAGAGUAUCAGGUUUCCCGGUUUGCCGUACUGUGAUGUCGGCGGCUGGGAUGAGGACCCUGAUCCACAUACCCAGGACAUGGACUGCUAUUUUGAGUGCUGA